UGUCGGUUAGUGACAUUUCAUUUGGUGACAGUUUGCAGUUUUGUACAUUAGAUCGCUGUCACUUUUGUUGAUUAUUGUGCAAAUUUGAUUAACAAUUCUCAAGAAAGCAGUAGUUUAAUGUGAAAUCUAAACUAAAGUGUUUCGCAAUGACGUCCGCUUUAUAUCUAGAACAUUAUUUAGACAGUUUAGAACAUUUGCCGAUAGAAUUACAACGUAAUUUUACGUUAAUGAGAGAUCUGGACUCUAGGGCACAAGGUUUAAUGAAAAAUAUAGACUCCUUGGCUGAUGAUUAUUUGCGGAAACAGAAAACCCUAUCGGAAGAUCAGAGAAAGGAGCAGUUAGUUAAAAUUCAGAAUCUAUUCAACAAAGCGAAGGAGUAUGGCGAUGACAAGGUCCAAUUAGCAAUACAAACAUAUGAAUUAGUAGACAAACACAUUAGGCGAUUAGAUAAUGAUCUAGCUAGGUUCGAAUCCGAAAUACAGGACAAAGCAUUGAAUUCUAGAAAUCAAGAGGAACCAUCAGUGGGCAAAAAGGGUAGAAAAAAGACUAAGGAUGGUAAAGGGGAAAAGAAGAAGCGAUCUGGCAACUCUAGUGAGGAAGAUUCUGCCGGUACCAUCAGAGGCAGCAAGAAGAAGAAGCAGAAGGGAUCUGGUGCAGGUAACGGUUCUGGAGGAAGUACGGGCAAUGGAGCCAAGGCCGCUUCAGGUGAGGUUGCUGAAGCUGUAGCGGCAGUAUUACCAGGACUUGCAGGAAUAGCGCAUCCCAGCGAUGUACUCGACAUGCCUGUAGAUCCCAACGAGCCUACGUAUUGCCUCUGCCACCAGGUGUCAUAUGGAGAAAUGAUCGGUUGUGACAAUCCAGAUUGUCCCAUUGAAUGGUUCCACUUCGCUUGCGUCGGCCUGACGACAAAACCGAAGGGCAAAUGGUACUGCCCCAAGUGCACCCAGGAUCGGAAGAAGAAAUAAUGACGGUUACGCCCUAGGUAAUUCAUUCCACUUGUUUUAAAUUAUUUAAAAAACAAAAUGUUAUGUACAUAAGUUUUUAAAUAUAUAUUCGAUGAUUAUUUAUUUCGAUAUUUUUACAUAUUUUUUUAUUUUAAUACUGAUCGUUGGAUCUCAAGAGACAUUUUUAAAGCGUAGGUGUUUGUUUAGAUAAUAUUGUUAUGUAAUUUAAAUAACGACAGAGUUUGAGAGGCAAUGAAUACAAUUUUUAGUAGGGUUAGGUAUCAUAUGUUGUUUUUUCGAUUUUAAAAUGGACAGAAUGAAUAAUGAUGAAAUAAAAUGUAUUAAAGUUUA